GACCUCAACUGGUACCUGUAUUCUAGCUUUGAGCACUGCGGCCCGACCAGCAGCUCACCAUGUUCCUGGCGCGUCUGACUUCACAGCUGGUCAGGACUGUUUUCUGGGCAGGUUUCAGUAGUUCCUGGCCUGGCUCCGGGGUGAUUGACAGCCAUGCUUUUCUACCCCUUUACAAUUUGCAGCCUGCAAGCCCAAGUUGGGCUGCCUCCCUCCCAGGUAAGAAGGCCCAGUUGGAGCUUGAGGAGUUCCUGGUCCCCAGGAAGAUGGCCAUCAGUCCUCUAGAGAGCUGGCUGACUGUUCAAUACCUAUUGCCCAGACUGAAUGUUGAGGUCCCAACGACUCUGGCUCCCUCCCAAUUCUACAAAUGUCCACCUAGCCAGGGGGAGGAGAAAGCCAAGCAGGGAGUCAGGGAAGUCUGGGAUGCCACUCCAGUGCAGUGCAAAAAUGUGCUGAAGAUCCGAAGAUGGAAGAUAAACCACCACAAGUACCGUAAACUGAUCAAGAGGACACGGUUUUUAUGUCGUAAAGGCCUGGAAGGACGUCUGAAAAAGAAGCAGAUCAAGUCUGAGAAAGACUUGAAGCCCAUCUGGCUGAUGGCUGGUCUGAAGGAAGCCCCUGAGGGCUGGCAGACCUGAAGAUCUACAUGAAGAACAAAUAAGUCUGGGUUCCUGUGCCUCUGGCUCUUUCUCGCUCCUGACCCAUUACAAUAAACGUUGGAAGGACUCAAUUAUUCUUAAAAAAAAAAAAAAAAAAAAAAAAAAAAAAGAA